UUUUCCGUCCUGUGUCGGUAUAACAUCGUAAACGAGGACCACCUGACGGUAAGACAGGACUAAAUGGAAGCAGCGGAGGAAACUCUCACUUACCGAGAUGACACCUUACUUCACAGGAAGCUGCUCCCAGGGGACAAGCAUAAGGACAACACGGACAGUAAGGGCCACGCAGUCGAGACAAAAAGCGACGAGUCCAACUAUGUGGAUUUGGACAUGAAACCGGAGGGCGUAAAAACGGUGAAAGUGUCUUUCACUGGCGAGGGAAACCAGCUGUCUCUUAUAAAGCACGGGGAGCAUGACGAGAAGGGUAAAAUCAUUUCAGAGGACUUUGUUGAAGAGCAGUUACAGGACAAGCGGGACACCGACCCCGGGCCUGUUUCGGGUGAGCCUCCUGUGGAAACUCUGACCAAACUUCCCAACACCGAUCAGGACUCAGAGAAUGAGGAGCAGCGCCAGGCCGAGCUCGACCCGAGUGACUGCAGUGAACAUGUGUGCAGUGAGGGCGAUGAGCUCCAAUACACGGACAUGUAUCUGAACAGCAAGACGGAGUCUGAUGAUGGCACCAGCGCGGUGCUGUCCGACCACUGCGGCUCCGACACCGUGGAGGACGAGUCCCACUAUAUCACGACGCACGAAAUCCAGCUGACCGAGCUCGACCACGACGUAGAUUACGACCUUGGGCGAGGGACCUGCUGGGAUUUUGAAGACGACAACCUGGUUUAUUCAUUUGUGGAUUACGCGUCUUUUGAAAGUGAUGACUCGCAGGAGGGGACUUUGAUACUGGAGGGCAGGAGCCAAGCAAAAGUGCAGUCUAAUCUUGGUGGAGCGGUUGUCAGCACCGAGCAGGAGGAUAGUGAUCUUUGUGACUCCGACAAGUGCGCCAGCUCAGAUGAAAGUAUGUGCAAAAACCACAGUGGAGACGUUAAUGCGGGGAAAAUUCAUUUAUCAAUAAAAACAUCCUCCAGGGCGGUGAACGAACCUGUCAACAUCUCUGACAACAGCACCCGUGGCUACACCAAACACUUUGGAGACGGGAGCCACUUUUCUUUUGUGAGCUCUGGCGCCAGAGUGGGGCCCUUGUGCGACAGAGCCCAAUAUUUCAUCCCUGCUCCGGGCCGUCAGCACCUUGCAUCCAAACUGAGACGGAAAGAUAUUAAUGAGUAUUCCAGCGGAGCGUCCAGCUCCAUCAGUGAGCUGGACGACGCUGACAAAGAGGUGCGUAAUUUAACCGCCAAGUCUUUCCGGAGCUUGGCAUGUCCAUACUUUGAUGCCAUUAAUCUUAGCACUUCUAGUGAGUCCUCCAUGUCGGAAUAUGGACUAAAUAACUGGUCCGCUUAUGUGGACUGGAAUUAUGGAAACAUAUCACGGGGAAGAGAGCGGCGCGUAAUUGCGCACAAGACUUCCAGCGCAACCUUGGAAAUGAAUAGGACUGUGGACAAUAAGAGGCAUGGUAAGUCUGUUACCGGCACGAAAGCUCCACAAGCCAAAAUGUACGCACUGAACAAGAUAACUUCUCAACGAUCAUCCUCUUCUAGCCAAAAGAUCGAACUGAAAGAUCCUGUUCAGUCAAAGCAGCGUGGAGUCACGCUAAAUUUCCGCUGUGUUGAGGCGCCUGAAGGCGCCAGACGUCCAAAAUGCUCCAGGAAAGCGCGACCCAAUGAGGUCACUGGAACCGUGUUGGCCAGGUCAGGGUGUGAGAUGCAUCACUCAGAUAGCUCGGGGGAUCCACACAAAAGAGCAGUUUUCGCAUCAAGUUUAUUGAAAAAUGUAAUUUCCAAAAAGAUGCAGUUCGAACAGGAGCGCAAGAUGGAGAGGGGUGAAAUCUGUGACACAUACCCAGCGCUCUCCCCGAGUUCUCAGCUCAAAGAUCCAGACAGGAGUCAAGGAAGAGGAUUACAAAGACAGACAUCAGACACAGGCUCAGGUCUGACUGUCAAUUCUGCUGAUGAUCAGCACCUGGAGGGCAGCAGACACAGUUACUGUGAGCCAGCAGAGGAGCAGAAAAGCAACAAAGCACCAGAUGACUCAGAAAAGGAGCCUCAGAAAGCAUCGCUCAGCCACAGCCAAAGCAGUGCGUUUAACUCACUGAAAGAAGAGGAGCCAGAACCUGCAAAGGACCCUGAACCCACACCUGUAGCUGACACUCAAACCACAACAAAAGAAGGAUUAGACACCAGCAGCAUGUUGACAAAACUGCUUUUUGUUCCAAGCUGCCAGCGCCUUUCAAAAGAGCAGGAUUUUACAGAAGACCAGUCACCUGUCGCAGGCGCACCUGCAGGCCCACAGAAAUGUGAAAAAGAGUUCAAAACAGGUAACAAUGGAAACAUAGUGGGCAAAGAAGAAACCAAGAAGUGGGGAAAACCCCCUGAGAUAAAAAUACGCCUGAGGAGUGUGAAGGAAAAUAAAGGCUGUACACUGAAUAUCGCCAGCCUGUUAACCCCUAAAAUAAGUUUCAACUCUGUGAACACAUACAGGGCAGCAGGUGAAGCCAAAUGCCACAUCUUGUCUGCUGCAGAUAAAAUCCCAAACUUCACUGUUAGGGACAUUAGAGACACCAAAUGCAAGUUUCAAACACCAAUAUAUCAGGUCAGAGAUGUCCGUAAACUGGUAAAAAGUUCAUAUCGCUUUGUUUCAUUGGAAAAUAGUGAGAGUAAAUGUUCCACAGCAGCUGAUAAACCUGAGGCACCAAGAGAGCCGAUUAAGCAUGUAUCACCAUCUCCCAUUGUGAUUAAAUGUCACUCUGUAAAAACAAAUGUUAAACAACAGGCAGCUGAGGCGUCACAGAAACAACCAGAGGCUGGCAUCUCAUCAGAAACACCUCAAAGUGAAAACACACCAUCACACUGCACAACCAGUAGGGCGCCAUUUGUUGCAUCCAAGCAGCUACACCCUGAGCAGUCAGAUAUUCAGCCAAAUAUUGAAACCAAAAUGACAAAACAGAGGCAGGAGAAGUUUGUAGGCGACACGUCUGACAGGAGAAAUGAGCCAAAAAUACCCAAACAGGCUGCGUUAGAGAAGCUCAAAGCUGCGGUCAAAACAAUGGAGCAGCUUUAUGUUUUUGAUAGAAAUGAAUGGAAGCGCAAAACUCAACCUCCCCAACCAAUCACAGGCAGCCAUGUGUUGUCGCUUAUUGCUAGUGAGGAGCAAGGAGCAGAGGAGCAGGAGACUCCUCAGCCACAGGAAGAGAAGGGAGCUCAGACUAUCAUACAUGUUCCAUAUACCGACGACACGUUUAAAACACAAUCACAGCAAAGUAAAAUGUUCAGUAACAAAAGCGUCCUUCAUUUUGGCAAUAAGGCUUGUGUCAGCGUGUCAGUUAGCAACCCCGUUCCCCAAAGCUCUGCACCACAAACAUCAUCGACUAUGAAAAGCUCCACGAUGCCGGUGGCUCCGCUGUCGGUGAAAAUAGAGCCCCCGAAACACGGCCAGGUGGAGCAGGGAAAGGUCAAAAUCAUUCCCACUAAUCCCACUGUCACACAGGCCUGCUCAGACUCUGAGAACUAUUUAACCAUACCAGGGCUCGGGUACACCAAUGAGAUCAAACUGCUGAAUCGAGAGCCAGUUUCAAGGGAGGUGAGUUCAAACCAAAUCAAAACAGGUGACAGGAAGACACCUGAGCAGAAACGGUCUCCGUUAAUCAUGGAGUACCCGUCCUCAAGCAUCUACCAUCACUCAGGGGUGACAACAGGGCCUCCAGCACAGCCGCAGGUGUUGUGUUUCUCUCCAUCUGUCCCCACUGUGUCACCCACACCUUCUGCCAGAGAGGGAGUCCCACAGACCCAGCGCAAGAUGCUUUUGGACCCCACUACAGGACAUUAUUACCUGGUGGACACUCCCAUACAGGCCACCACAAAGAGACUAUUUGACCCUGAGACAGGCCAGUAUGUGGAUGUACCCAUGCCCCAAUCUCCCGUGGCACCUGUCACCCCUGUCACCCCUGUGCCUCUCUCUUUGUCCCCCCUGGCCCUGAGCCCAGGAGCGUACGCCCCCACCUACAUGAUCUACCCAGGCUUCAUCCCCUCACCCACUCUGCCAGCCCAGGCGGUGUUGCCUCAGUCGCCAUGUCUCUCUGAGGAUGCAGGUGGAGAAAAGAUUAAAAACGCCAGAAGCCCCAAGCCGGAAACGAAUGCAGCAGGCGCAGAGAGUGCGUAUUACAGCGCAACAGGUGAGGCUCCACAAGGGUCGCUGCAGCUUCCUGUAAGUUUGGGACAUGUGACCGCCAGAGGAGGUGCAGCCAGCUCUGACAGGAAGCCAGUUAUCAGCAUCACGACGCAACAAGGUCCAAGAAUCAUCGCACCACCCUCCUUUGAUGGAACAACAAUGAGCUUUGUAGUGGAGCAUCGGUGACCAAGGAAACAUCUCAUCACACAUACAUCUCCACUGAAGAAUCUGCCUUCAUUCACCGUUAAGUGCAGUUAUCGCCACUCCCACCUGUGAUCUACCCCCCAGGACAACUUCCACCGACAACAAUUUCUAUCCCCACUCUGUGUUGUAUCCUUGCAGCAGACGUUACUGUAAUCUGUAUGCAUUGCAGCACUUUGUAGUGCAAAGCCACAUUAAGCCACGUCCUCUGGCUGAUGCUCUGCCAUGUUGCUAUAUGAAUCUGCUUUGUAAUACUUUCCAUUCAGCUGCUGUCUAGAAUUUUUGAAAUGCUGUUUGAGCCCCGCAACAUGUCUAUUCAAAAGGAAACGAGGCAGGCCUUCUGUUACAGUUCAGUGUUAAUCAUUCAUUCAUUAUCAUGACUUUAAUGUUACCAUGUCUUAAAGAGAGACUAUGUAACUUUUGAAAGAAAAUAAAACACUUUCUUUUUUUAAGGAUGAAAAGUUGAACUCAUAAACAAUAAAAUACAACCUUACUGAGGAAAAACACUCAGGGGAUUUGUUGCUAAGACCUCUGUUGGUCUGUUAUGACCAUAUUAGCUGAUAUCAUAGCUGAUAGAUAUUUCUGUGUAACUGACGUCAGUUUUGCUGACUUUACACCUCCAGUUGUGCUGCUGUUACACUCCAUUUUAGGACGUCAUAGAUAAAUGUUUCAGUGGUUUAUCCCAGUGGCCCAAUGAGGUUCUGCAACAGAAAAAUCAUUAAACCCCAAAAAUACUUUCCGCAUAAACCGCCAUUACUAAAGAGACAUCAAUAAAACUCCCACUUCCUGAAGAGUUUUAAGUGCAUCUCAGACAAAGCUUGGGGCUACAUUCAAAGACUCCUUUGCAGAAGCCACUGCAUGAAGUUGUGUCUGUGGUAGCAACCAAAAAAAACCCCGGUGGGCAGCAUUGGGUAUCAGGAGGCCAGAAGGACUGGAGCUCCUGUGGUCACAGUUGCAAAAACUGUCAGAUGACUCUGGUGGGCGAGGCAGGGUUUAGCCCAGACUGUUUUCAACUCCUGAAUUGGACUGACACAUCCUUCAUAGAGGAGGCAGAGCUGGAAGGCCUUGGGGAAAGCCUUGUCCAAUUCAUUAGUGAAGGUCAUGGAAGUUGUCAAAAAGCUCAGCAGUGAAGGAUGCAAGGGUUGGAUAUGAUUUGCAGCUUGAAGGUUCUGGACAUUGUGGGGGUGUCUUGAGCAAUAUGCCUCCUUAAUGUCACAUAAGGGUCAGGGUCAGUGCCUGUGGGCUGGUAGACCAGGUUGGUGGUUUCCGUUUAAAAAAGCGGGAACCGGAGGGUGUGCUCCAGUUAUUAGGGUAUCACAGUCCUCAACUUUCCCGGGAAAACUUAUGCCAGGGCACUGGAAAGGAGGCUAAGACCGAACCUUUGGUCCAGGAAAUGCUAUGCAAAUUCCUUCCUUGUGGUAGGACUCUUUACCCCUGCAAAGAUACUGGAGGGCUCAUGGGAGUUUGUCCAUCCAGUCUACUUGUAUUUUGUGGAUUUGUACUUGUGACCAUUUCCCCUGGGGUACUGUAUCGUGUGUUACUGUGGGAGUACGGGGUACCAGGGACAUUAUUAUGAGGCAUUCAGUCCUUUUAUAACCAUAGUGAGAGCUGUGUGAACAUCUGGGCUCUCAGCAGACAUUGGGCUAUGCCAGAUUUGUGCCACGUCAUGAAUUCAGUCUGUGAUGAUUUUCAUGGACAUAAUUUCUAUUCACAGUUUAGAUGUGGAGAGUGUCUGUUAUGUUGGCCUGAGGAUUGCAUCCCUGCUUUUCAGCUGAUGAUGUGAUUCUGCUGGCUGUGUCAGACCAUGACUUCCAGUGGGCAGUCGGAUCAUUUAUUGCCAGGUGUAAAGCAGCAAGGAUGAGGGUCAGCAAUUCCAAGUCUGAUGCCAUGGUGAGUCAUUGCCUUAAAUGAAGGACUUUAAGCAUCUUGGGGAUGCCUUGAAAGAAGAGUUCGGGUAAGAUGGAGUUGGAUAUUGACAGGCAGAUUGGUGUCAUGUCAGCAGUAAUGCAGAUGCUGUACCAGACUGUUGUGGUGAAGAGAAAGCUGAGCCUGAAGGUGACGUUCUCCAUUCACCAGUUGAUCUACGUUCCAACCCUCAUCUUUAGUCGUUACCUUUGGUUAAUGACUGAAAGAAUAAUAUGGCACACACAAGCCACCAAAAUGAGUUUCCUUCACAGGGUGGCUGGGAGCACCCUUAAGGCCCAGACACACAAAACCCACAUCAAAGAAUUGGUGGUGACGAAGGCCAACUGUGUGUUGCUUUAUGUCUCCUCUGUCUCAGAUAAAAAGAAGCACCUGAACACACCUCAAAGACUACAGCCAGCAGCCAACUAGCACAUACGUUCUGCACCUGCGUGACAGGAAAUAACUCCAUACCAGCAGGUGGUGGUCUGUAUAUGUCAUCCAAAAAGGGAAACUAUAACACUGGCAGUUAAGACGUUAGUUAGCACAUUAAUAACACAACCUGAUGUUGAAAGAACAAAGCAUAUUUGUCCCGCACAAACGAACAAUUACACGAACAACUACGAACCAUUUCUGCCGAAGAGCUCAACAGCUUACCCAAUGAUAUUACAAGUUUGAUCUCAUGCUGUCUUGACUUCCUCACUUCAGUUUGUCUUCUAGUGCACUGAGCCGAACUGGUGGGCUCCACCAUCUUUAAUGCUGAUUCAGUAAGCUGAAGUGACCGAAAGAAAGCCGACAAUGUCCGACUAAUCACAACAGUGUGGGACACGCCACAAAAUCUAGGGUGACAGAUGCACACUUGACGACCUGACAUUAACCAAUAGCCAACUAUUGGCCUGGUGUGUCAGGGCCCUCUGGGAGGGUGAUACGCUCAGACAUCUGAAUGACCUUGGAGUAGGAGUGCUGCUCCUUCGUGUUGAAAGGAGUAAGCUGAGGUGGUCUGGGAGUAUGAUUUGGAUGCCUACAACACCUGCGGAGGUAUUCCCGACACGGGAUACACUGGAGGGUUUACAUAUCUGGCCUGGGACUGCCUCAAGUUCCACCAGGAAAAUUAUGGGCUGCUUAGCUUGCCACCACCCUGACCCAAACCAGAUCAGGAGUGGGGGAUGGAUGGAUGGAUGGAUAGAUGGGUGGGUGGAUGGGUGGAUGGGUGGAUGGAUGGAUGGAAGCAACCAACAGAGCACUCUCAGAUAUUGGGAAAUGAAGGGGAAUUUAAUGUGAAUCAUCCUGUAAUUGCUGCUUGUGGCCACAGUGGCCGCUGUUAAUCAAGAGUUACAUAGUCUUGCUUUAAUUCACACAUUAAGAUAAUUUCUUACGGUUAAUACAACCUGUUUUAUUUUACACUGUUUUCUGAGGACAGGGACCAUUUUUCGGCACUGAAUUUUGUUUUAAUAAAAGCAGAUUUAUGGAUGAUGUUGAAUCAACCCAAGUUCAGUCAGAGGAAUUAAAAUUAUUGAAAUUAAAACAAUAUAUUUUGAAGAUGUCCCAAGUAAAUCGUAAAUACCUGACAUUGCUAUGUGUCAUAUUAGUGCUCUCCAACACUAGUUUUUCCACGUUUACAAUAACAUUUCUAUAUUUGUUAAGAGUCGGUGGCUCAUGUUCUACUUGAAGUAUGUUUAACCUCUGUGCUGUGCCUCACAAAAUGCUGCUAAUACCUUUGAAGUGGUGUAUGUUUGUGUUUUAAAAGCACUUUCUUCUCAUGUAAGACAAAGGAAAAAAAAACACACCAAGUGUGUUGCUCAGAUGAAGCAGAGCUGGGUCUCUGGUUUAACAGUGUACUUAGGUCAGUAAUUCCUAAGUACUGUUGGGCCUAAAGAGUCAGAGCCAGCAGAGAUAUUUAGGGGAUAACUUCCUCUAUUGGCUUUGGUUUAUUUUACACGUUUGUGUAGCGCGAUGGGAGUUGGUGCAUCUGAAUGUGUUCGUGUUCGUGGCUGUGAGUCAUGUAUGGCAUUUCAGUAUUCUGUGAGCGUACAACAAGGAGUCAUGUUACUUCACUGUAGACGGGAGCGCACAGGCCGCACAUGUGUUGGGUGUGUCUUUACACUUUACAGACAGCAAUGUCAGGUUCUGUUUUCUAACCUCUUUGACCUCUCUAGUUCAGAUAUGUAUGAAUUCAUUAAAAUGACAUAACAGCUGCUAACAUCUAUUUUACUGCUCUCUAAAGUUAUGUUUUUUUACGUCCUGUUUCCUUUUGAAUAUACAGCGGGGCAUCAUAGGUCAUUGUGCUAUACUUGACUCAGUUAUACCAGCAUCACGUGUAGAGAUAAUGCAAACUGUAGAUUGCUAAUUUUAGCAUGUUUCAAAUCUGAACACACAUUAAAGGUAUUUGGAGCUGCUGGUCAGUCUAUGUACCUUAAUUCUGUAAAAUACAUGUUAUUAUGCCUCUGUGGCGAACAGACUUUAUAUAAAUUGCCCUAUGAGUUGAUUUCAUUACAAGUGAUAUGAAUUCAUGCAGUGAUCUGAAAGACUUGUUGUUGACUGCAGUAGAUCGGAUAUGAUGUUAGAACGUUUAAUGCAUUUUGAGGUGAAAUGUGACUUAAAUUUGUACGUUUAAUUCAUAACACAUUGUACUUCUUAAUGAUAGUAUUUUAAUGAUAAUUUUAAAUUAAUGUGCCCCUGAGGCAGUCGAGAGCAGUGCAAACAGUAAUUUAUUUAGCAGUUAUGAAUCUGUUGUACAGAAAUUACUUUUUUAAAAAGCUGAGCCAAAGAAAAAACAAACAAACCAGGAACUAUAAACAACUCAAAAUUAAGAGAUAUGAUUUACUACCUCCUGCCAAAGAGUUUUAAAAGUAUGUGUUUGAUCAGCAACACAUAUUUCUAUGAUUUUAUAUGAUUCAUUAAAGCACAUUUACAUAUCAUUUUGAAACCCUGUGUAGCAGAACAUAUCUAAGACCGAUAUUAUAUUUUCUAAGCUUUAGCAAACCAGCUAUUUUAAUGUUGUCAUAAACGCAAAAUUCAUUAAAAAAAAAACUCCCACAUGCAUUUAUUAGUUUCUUGUAAGACCUUUAUCUGUGAAUAAUAAUAAUGUACUUAAUGCACUUGGACUGUCACUCUUUUGUCACCAGCACUGACAGCAAUGAAUGGCUGCAAACACUGGUGAUAGCAGGAGUACUGCCAUAUGGACUUUUUAAUUGUAAAAUGAAACACUGUUAAUUGUUUCUGCUGAAUUUUGCCCAAAGAUGCACUGUAUCAUAAAUAAUAUAAUUUGUUUAAAAAACAUUCUUCCAGAUGUCCUUCAACAAACCUGCUGACUUUGAGGUUAAAUAUAUGAAACUGUAUCAAAGCUUGUUUUUGUAUAAAGAAAAGAGGGUCAACAGAAGGUGAGAUGGUCCGAGAUAAGUGUAUUUAUGAAUGUACAAAGAGAAAGGGCACAUAUUCGAAUGACACGCCUCAGUGGCCCAACUGUCAUAUAGUGGCAUUGUAUAUAUUUUACGCCUGAUGUCAACUGUGACUGCCCCAGAAAAAGACAGAGGUCAGGAUGACAGCAGAGAGACGCCUUGAAAGGAGAAGUGGGUGCUGCGUUUGCACUUGCGAGCUUGAAAGUAAUGAACAUGAUGAAUGAGUGUAAUGUAGACUGACAAGCCUUCAUAUGUUUGGAAUAAAUUCAAAAUCAAGCUGC